AUGAACCUACUUCAUUCCAUUGUCCUAAUAUCCAUACUGUUAACAGUAUCUGCUACAGCAAUAUCACAUCAUGGUUAUAAACCUGGAAAUGAUCACAAGACAAAGAUGACUGCUCAUGACUAUUGUGAAGUAGUCAACAAUGGAGUCAUGUUUUAUAAAUAUAACCGCGCUGGAAGAUUACCAGACACUGAUGUGCCUUGGAGAGGCAGUGCCGCUUUGAAGGACGCAAGCCCAGGCUCACAACCAGAUCCAAACGGUGAUGGUGAUCUGUCCAAGGGAUACUUUGAUGCCGGUGACCAUGUCAAGUUCUCCUUCCCCAUGUCCGCCUCGAUGACAAUGCUCGGCUGGGGAUACCUCGAGUACACCGACACAAUCAUAAAGUGUGGCGCCAGCAAGAUAUGGCUGGAGGAUCUCCGAUGGGGAUAUGACUGGCUGAUGGCUGCUCACUAUGCUGAGAAUCGCUUCGCUGGCCAAGUUGGUGAAGCCAAUGCCGAUCACGCCUACUGGGGCCCACCUGAGCUCAUGACCAUGGAUCGUCCGACCUACAUCCUCUCCGACACUGCCCCAGGAACUGAGGUGGCAAUGGAGGUGGCUGCCGCACUGGCCAUCUGUUCAAUGAUCUUCAUGGACAGUGACCCUGCCUAUGCCGCCCAAUGUUUGAAGCACUCUGAAGAGAUGUGGACCUUUGGAGACACAUACCGUGGCGUCUACUCCGACUCGAUCCCCGAUGCCCAGAGCUUCUACAAGUCAUGGUCGGGAUACAAAGAUGAGAUUGUGUGGGCUAGCGUGUGGCUGUACAAGGCCACGGGCAACAAGGAGUACCUGAUGCGUGCCGUCGCGGACUAUGACACCUACAACAUCGGUGAGAUGGCUCAGCAGAACUCGCACGACUGGGACGUCAAGGCUCCAGGCACUGCCCUGCUCUUGACCCAGAUCUUCCCAGGCAACGCCACCUACAUCAAAGACAUUGAGGGCUUCCUCAACUGGUGGUUGCCAGGAGGUGGCGUCCCCUACACUCCAGGCGGCCUUGCAUGGAUUAGAAUGUGGGCACCAGCACGCUACUCGGCCACCACGGCCUUCUUGAUGUCUGUGUACGGCACCAACGGAGACAAGUACACCGACUUCACCAAGAAGCAGAUCAACUACAUUCUCGGAGACAAUCCACAGCAACAGUCAUACGUCGUUGGCUACGGACCGAACCAUCCAAUCAAUCCACAUCAUCGGGCGUCGCACCACUCGCUCACCGACAACAUCAUGAGCCCUGUGAACAACACCUACCUGAUCCUGGGCUCCCUGGUGGGAGGUCCAGGUCAGAACGAUGAUUACAAGGAUGACCGAACUGACUACGUCAAGAAUGAGGUUGCAUGUGACUACCAAGCUGGUUUCCUUGGCGCCUCUGCCUUCAUGGCUUCAAUUCAGUAA